AACGUUAAUAACGUUAUCUCUCGCGUCACUCAUGUCCCCAACAACUGCUGCCGCUGCGCAGGAGGAGGACGGGACUGCGGUCCAGGUGAACCGCUGUGAUUCAGAGACAGUGAAGUUUUAACGCUAACGAGAAGAAAAGAGAUGAACCCACAGCGGACGGAAGGCGUCCUGAUUUCGACAAGUGUUAAUCUGUUAAACGAAGCUCGCCAUUGUUUUUUAUCGGUGAUGGGAUGCCUUCAGGAGCAACCUGCCGCCAAACGUCAAACACUCUAAGGUAAUCUUGCCAAAACAGUAUGCCACUUGAAAAAGAACAUCUUUUCUAAAAUCAGGAUGGAAACUAAAGCUGUGAAAUGCCUUAUAUGAAAACUCACUAACUUUUGGAAGAUAAAUUGUGUAUAUUGAGAGGAUCUUAUAACACAGCUGUGGCUUUUGAAGUACCGGUGCUCCAGGACAAGUAAUGGAGACAGAAGAGAGGGAUGAUGUAUCAAAAAAAAACACAGCUAAAAUAAAGGCAGAGACAGAGGAAGCUGUGACCUCUGGCCACACCUGUGGGGUGUGUGGCCGCAGCUUUCCUCUUCUCAGCUCUCUGUCGCAGCACAUGAGAAGACACACACGGGAGAAGCCGUACAAGUGUCCAUACUGUGAGCACAGGACGGCUCAGAAGGGCAGUCUGAAGGCCCACAUUCGAAGCCAUAAACUGGGUCUAUUCAGCCAUAAUCUCAGUGACAAGGAGGAGGAAAGAGAUCAAGGAAAGAAAAAUAACGAUGAGACACCUGUCCCUCCUGAAAUCGCCAGCACAUCUGAAAAAGCUCACAAUGUCAAUGGGAAAGUGAAGAAGAAAGGAACCAAGAAAAAGGUUAAGCGUAAAGAUGGUGUUGAGGUCAGUGAUGGGGCUGAUGAUGGAUCCUGUAUCUGCAGCAUUUGUGGCCAGGUUUUCCCUCAGGUCCUACUCCUUAAAUCCCACAUGAAAAGGCACCGCAGCAGCCAGGAUCACGGUUGCCGGAUUUGCGGUCGUCGUUUCCGCCAAGCAUGGUUCCUCCAAAGUCAUAUGCGCAUUCACCGGGUCAAAGCCCAGCUAAGAAGUGGUAAAAGCAAUGAGCUGCCUGCCACCAUCAAUGGAGUUCCUCAGGACCCAGCAUUGCUGACAAAUGAAGAGUGCCUCUAUGAGCUCUGUGCUGGAUGCGGUAACUUCUUCCAUGACCGCAAGACAUUACGAAUACAUGAAAAGCUACAUAGACCGAACCAAUGCCGCACUCAGACACAAAAUCCAACAGAGGAAGACAUUAAAGCCCCUGAUCUGCACAUUGCUAAAAGUUAUUUUUUGGAAAGCCUGAACCUCACAUGUGCUGGACAAAGGGAAACUCCGGGGGAAAAGAGCUUGGGCAGGCGAAUUCCAGAGUUCGAUCCGGUUUGCAGUUACCAAGCGUGGCAGUUGGCCACAAGAGGAAGACUAGUGGAGGCCACAGAGAAAUGUCUAGGAUGGGAGGAGAGGCUAGCAGAUGCUGAGGUGGCAUAUAACACAGAAAAGGGUGAGUAUGUACCCCUGAAGCAGGAGAAGAAGAGGAAGCAAAUCCACACCUCCAGCUCCAACAUUAAGAAGAUAAAGGUUGACACAGGCCUUGAUCACACAUCAGACACCUUGACUCACACUAAAGGUGUUGACAAAAAGGUUUCCCAGAAAGACCGUAUUUUGUUAAACGGCCUUGGUCAUGCAUUUUAUGAGGCACUGCAGACUAAGAAAGUCAAAGAUGUUCACUUCACACCUAAACAGACCAACAGCACCAGGAGCCAAGACCAGGAAGAUAAAAAGACAUACUUCUGCGAGCACUGUGAUUUCCAAACUGUCGACGCCUCUCUACUCAGGUCUCAUCUGGACAGGCAGCACCAGAACCUCCUGGGUCCCUACUGCAAACAAAGCACCAUUUUGGACAAAGUUAACCCAAGUGGUUACAAGGCCUCAAGAUACAUGGACUACCUCAGGAACAGGAGUGAAUUGCUCAGUCAGCCAUUCUGGAAUCCUUACACAUGUCCACCUGACCAGGGGUCAGCAGAGUCCAACAUUAAAACAGAAAAGUCAAAUGGUACUCAGUUUAAAGGGCAGGGACAUACUACUAAUGAUGCUGAUAGUCUUCUUAAUCUGUCUUCAUUACCCGUAAGUGAAGGAGAUGGCACUGUAAAUUAUCCAAUAAAGACAGAGGGCCUGGUGAGACAUCAGUGCCCAUACUGCUCCCACACUACCAACUACCCGGAAGUACUGUGGAUCCACCAGCGGGUUGCACACAGGGUGGAUAACACCAGCUCCAUGGCACCUAAGUGGGCACCCUGCACUAACAGCCCCAAGAAUUUAAAGGCACGUUCCACCCAUUUGAGACGUACAGGGCCGCCACCAUUUCUCGAAGGCAAGGAUUGCCCAGCUUUACCUGCUCCAAGAACUCAGCGCACACAGCCUCCAGCUUUGACAACCAGCAGCAGCACUAGCAGCAACAAGCACUCAGCCCCCAAGAACAAAUCAGGCGUCCCUAAGUCCAAGCAUCAGUCUAAGGACUCACAUUCUUCAGAUGGGACACAGUCUAAUGGGAGGAUGGGACUCCUACCUCAGAAGAAGUCUGGUGAACAUAACCGGGCAGAAAAGGGGGGAAGUAAAAGCUCUAACACUCACGCUACUUCAUCAAGCACUAUUGUGGACAGCAAGAGUGCCCCUAGUUUCCAGCCUACAAGCAGCCCUAAGCACAGAAACCACAGAGCUGCAGUGGAAGGCAACUUCCCUCAGGAGGGUUUAGGUUUCAUGUUGGCCAGAAAUCACGGCGGGACUUCCUCCAACGCUUCUGCAGAAAGACCCCAUCCACGCAGGCUGUCAUGCGACUCCCCUUCUGUUCCUAAGGAUCCUGAUCUGUGGGCCGCUAUGAACAUGUGGGGUCACAAAGCAUAUUUAGAACCACUCCGUUUUGCUCAGGUAAAAAAUGAAUCAACAGGAGAAAUGCCAAUGGACAUUGAUAUUUUGAGUCUCCUGAAAAACUACAGUCCCCACGAUCUGGCUGCUCUUUACCAGCACUGGGGGUUUGUUGAUCCCAGGAUUGAUCCACAAGCAAUGUUGCAGUUAAAUGGAAAUUUUGGAAAAGAAGUCCACCCCAACUCUGACGCUUCCAAACAAGUGAAUAGCCGCUCCACUUCCUCCUCAGGGUCUCUUCACAAAGGAACGUGAAGUGACAUUGUGUUCCUGUUGAAUUCCAGCCUGCAUGAUACUGCUGAUCAAAAAGGCUUGCUGUUCUUUAAAGGAACCAGCCAUAACUCCUAGAGGACAGAGGCACUGGGUAAUGCACAUUAUAUGCAAAGCAAUGAGGUGGACUCUUAUCAUUUUGUAAUAUUUAAUUUGAAGUGUUACGCAUGUUUUUUGUUUGUCAAGAGUGUAGAGGUGUUAGUUACCAAAACACACAUGAAGAUAUGUUCAAUUGAAAUGAGGUAAACCUGUUUGAGCUUUUUGUGAACAUAAACAUUUAGGGGCGUUGUCUGUGGAAAUAAAAUGAGAAGCUACCACCACCAAACAUCAAAAAUCUGGAUGCCACUAGAAACAUUUAGAAAUACUUCAAAGAUGUAAACUGUGACCUGAACAUUUUACAUCCCUAUGUAUGUUUCAGUUUGUUGUUUUUAUGUAGUCUACAAGCUUGUUAAAUGUUCUCUUUGGGUUUUAGGUUAGUACUGUAUUUGAGUGUCUCAACGUAGAUAUAGACAGGAUAUGCAGUCGGGCAAUUAAAUAUAAAUUGCGGCUUGUUUUACUUUUCGGUUUUAAGCCCAUAUUCACAAAAAUAUUAAAAUCUGUGUCUUACAGUAGAAAGUUGUCUUCCAUGACUAUGCUAUGACAAGUAUAGUGCUGGUAAAAUCAAAAGAGGAAAAGGUCCAGCAAAAGUUUGCUUUUACAGAUUUCAACUAAAAAAGAACACUGAUCGCUCUAUAAAUCACUAAGUGGGGGGCUUAAUUAGAGCUAAAUCGGGCUUUAGCACUAUUAGCUCAUCAUCCCACACAUAUUAAGAGAACAGUUGUGAAAAAAUGUGAUUUAAAAGCUCUUCAACCCACAAAAAGUUGUGGAGUAACUACAACUCAUAAUACAAAUAUUUCUCCUAAACAUUACAUUUGCUACACAGAGACUUGGUAUACUACAACACCUCACCAUACUUUUGACAGAAGAUGAGUAUCUUAAGGAAAUUAGAUUUUCUUCAUGUUAAUUCACUCUUGAUCAGUAUAUACGCAAAUAUACCCACAUACAUGCUGAAUGGCAUCAUCAGUGUAUCUUUUUGUCUUCUGCUACAAUCUGCAGUUUAAGUGACCAAGUUAACUAACCGCUCACUGCCAGUUUACAGCUUCUAUAGAUUAUACCACUACACCACGUCUUUUAUUUUUGACCGGUUUUACAUCCAUGUCAAACUGCGGGAGCAGCACCAUGGUCUUCAUAACUCAACAUAUAUCUACUGCCAAACCUCCAGAAUUGAAUAAUCAAUUCAUGUGCAAAAAUCACAGAAAUAUACCUAACAUAACUGGUGGCCGUAGUUGUAGCUAGUCUGUCAAACCCAUUUAUGUGCCGAUUUACAAUGAAAUGUGGUGUCCUGCUUUACGACUCCAAUUUAGCAAUUUAAAUGAAAUGAUUUGUCUUUUUUUUCCUCAUAUCAGAAAUAUAGAGUAAACAUCUGCGCUCACACUUCACAUUGCGCUAGUGAUGUAGCAAUUUAAUGCUGUGACUUUUAGAAGUAGAAACUGUAGCAAUAACAAUUACUACUGACGUGGCCCUGACUUCCAUCUGCCAGUCAAGCUACUAAGGAGUUUGCAAAAUAUUUUGUUUUUGAAAUUCACCUCGUUCUCAAAUUUGUUAUUGUGUUUUCUGUUUGCAGAUUUGUUUAGCAUGUCUAUAUUUUAGUUCUGAUUCAGUGUAUUCAUCUCCCAUAGAGAAAUAGUUUUUGCAUUUGUUGAAAAGCCAUGAACUUAUGGAUUCUUGGGAGAUCUUGAGAAUACAUGAUUUAUUAUUGGAGUAUUGACUUUGAUCUGUGCGGAAAAUGUGUUUUUUUGAUAAAUAUUGUAAAUGAUUGUUUUAUUUAAUGAAAUUUUAGUUUGAUAACAAUUGAAUUGUAACACUCCUAAGUACUUGAUAUUUGUAGUAACAACAGAAAAUGUAAAAAUAAAAAUUUAAAAAAUAACCAUCGAGAGCAGGGUCAGUAAGGAGAGAUGCUCGUGCAUUGAGCCUGUUUUCUAACAGCUGUCUGUAAAGAGAGCUUAGCAGAGGAGGAGUGACAGGAAACCAUGAGACAGCAACAUUUAUGCAAGCCUGAACUUUUAUGCAAACCUAAAACUUAAAUUUGAGGUCUCAGUGAGUUUAUUUUUGUGACUAUGUAAACAAAACAACAUGGUUUAACAUAGUUAAUUAUGUUGGUAUCAGAAUUUCUAUUUUCACCAGUUACACAUUUUGUCUGACUGUUACAAUAUACAAAUAAAGUUGGUCAAUGUAGAUUUA